AUGCUGCGGAUCAGCUUUCUUCAGUUGCUCUUUAUGACACUGCUAGCUCUUUCUGCGGUCUUCGCAGAGGCAGCACCUGGGACCUUGAAAAGUGAGUCUCUCCAAGAAAGGCUUGCCGACAUUGAUGCCGCUCAGCUCCAUGAUGCUCUGCAUGCUCUUUCCGCCAAAUUCCGUCAUGGAAUCUUCCCCACUGACCUUCAAGCCGCCGAGGCUCUGCAAGCUGAAGAACCCACCAUUGCCAACCUGAUCAAGCUCGGCAAGCGCCAGGAUAAUGUGACUGCUAGCCCUGAGGCAACCUCGGCCUUGGUUCCUUCUGUGACCACGACCAACGCCGAAUCAACCGCUGAGCCCGUUACCACCUCAGCUGCUGAGACCAGUCAGACCAGCGAGGCUACCUCGGAGUCUAGCACUGAGCUGACCACCAGCGCUCAGCCAACUGUCACUCCAGCUAGCUCUACCAGUGAGACCAGCACCAGUGCGACUAGCACCACUGAGACCAGCACCAGUGAGACCAGCACCAGUGAGACCAGCACCAGUGAGACCAGCACCAGUGAGACUAGCACCAGUGAGACUAGCACCGGCUCUGCCAGUCCUACCAGCUCUGUAUCUGUCCCCACUGUGACCUCCACGGUCUCGACUCAGACCACUGAUCAGCCGACCACUUCCACUACUGCGACCUCGAAUGCCCAGACGACUCAAACUGAGACCACCAGUGUUCUUUCGACUCUGUCGACUGCCCGAAGCACUUCGUCCAGCUCGUCUAGUUCAACUACCAGCCAGCAGUCAACUACCUCUGCCCAUACCACCGAGCACACCACUGAGCAUACUACUGAGCACACCACUGAACACACCACUAAGCAUACCACUGAGCACACCACUGAACACACCACUGAACACACCAGCCUGAGCACUUCUACCUUCAAGAGCACGACCACCAUGCCCGAUGGCAAGAUGAGCACCAUCACCUCUAUCAUAGUGAUUACCCCAACGGCAACAGAGAAAGCCCCGGCUGCCACCACGGCUGGCAAGCCCGGUCUGCAGACCAAUGCUGCCGCGCUGCCUACUGGUCUGGCCCGUGAGGUUUUUGCCAUGGUCGGUGGCGCCGUCGUGGUCGCACUGGCUCUGUAA